UAUGUUUCAGUUUGCCGGACAGAAUUUGGUGCUAAUCUUAUUAAAUAUUAUGCAUCUGCUUGUGAUCAGGUUUCAUAGAUCAUUUUGUAUUACAUGUUUUACAUUUUCAUCAGAUUUGUGAGUGAAAUCAAUAAGGGAUUAGAAAUAUGACUUUUACUUUCAGUUCACAUCUGUCACGUGUUUUAUGGGAAAUGCUUGGCCGAGUCCUGCCUUUCCAUCUCACAGUAUCCUGGGUGUGCCGUUUGUUUGUCCGUUUUUCUGUAUAAAUUUAGUUUCUAUUGCUGUAUUUUGUACCAUCGAAUGAGCUCCAGUACCUUUUAAAUAAGUCUGCCUUUGACAGGACAGUACAGUAUUUGGCAAAAUUUGGUAAUAUUAGGAAAUGUUUUUACGAUACAUAACAGAUUUAAAUCACCAUCUUUGUUGCAGUGCCAAUUUACUCAUUGGCUGCCAUUGACGGCACUAGACGUCCAAUCCAUGUGACAUUGGCCCCUCUCAGUCAAAAUGUAUUUGACCUCUAACGUCAUCAAUGGCAGUCAAUGAGUUAAGCAGCAUUAAACAGCUCUUGUUAAGGACCCGAACACUAAGCGGUGCGAGAGCCCUAUUUUAAUGCAAAGGAUAAUAAUCAGUGGUGUUACCAGGAUGCCAGGUGUGGGUGGGCACUAGUCUUACUUGGGUCAAAAGCAAAAAAAAAAGCUACAAUGCUCAAAUAAGUCGAAAUCCAGCGUAGGGCUACUGCACCUUAAAACACGUUUUGUUUUCUCCUUGAGAUAACUGUUGUUGUGAUUUGGUCUAAACAAAUAAAAGUUGAUUUGAUUUUAUUUGACUUAGAACACAUCCAUAACUGAACAGUAUGGACAUGCAGGUGACAUUGUUGUUGUUUUUUUAGGUAACCUAUGAUGGUUCCUCGGAUUUAUUAUUACUAUUAUAGUUAUUCUUUGUUCCACAGCCCCUUUGAACUCAAUUUGACACCCUUAGAAUGCACCAAAAUCGGCAGGCAGGUCAAGACAGGUGCAAUCUUUGAUUCUGUGUAAAGACAAAUUGCAAAUACACUGUGUAGAAUGUGCAAAUGUUGUAUUUCCCAUGUUGUGCCUGAUAUCCAAUGCAGACACACUAUUGCUGCAGAAUGGACAAACAUUUUUCUAUUAAAUGUCAUUAAAAAAAAAAAAACGAGAGAGGGAGAGAGAGAAAGAGAGAGAGAGAGAGAGAGAGAGAGAGAAAGAAAGAGAGAGAACAUUUCUUUGAACAGGCUAUUCAACACAGGACGGGGAAACGACAACACUGACAACUUGCCUCGCAACUAAACCCACACUUUUCGACGCACCAAGACUCAGUGACGUUCAACCUGGAGCGACGAGUGAAAAACUUGGAAGAAGAACGCUGUGCCUCUUAGAGAAAUAUCACCUUAAACGUGCAGUGUUUCUUGCAUUGUGAGGCCAUUCAAAGCAAGUAGCUUUUCCAUCACUUUGAGCUGAGAGGAUGGAGUCAGCGAUGAUGUGGCAAAAUGAACUCCGGCUGGUUCUUGUCGGGAAUACAGGAGCGGGCAAGAGUGCGUCAGGAAACACCAUCCUGGGCAGGGAACACUUUGUGUCGGAGUUCAGUUUUCGCUCAGUGACCAAGAAAACUGAGUAUGGGAUCGCUGAGCUUGUGGAUGAUCGUGACCGGAAGAGAAAGGUGACAGUGGUAGAUAUGCCAGGGUUUGGGGACACUAACCUCACUGAAGAUGAAGUUCAUGAAGAAAUAGCCAAAUGUAUUGUUUUCUCAGAUUUUGCCCCCCAUGCCUUUUUCUUGGUUGUACAGAUCGGGCGUUAUACAGAAAACGAAGCACAGGCUGCCAUCAAUCUGGCAACACUUUUUGGAGAAGAUGCCGUUAAAUAUCACACAAUAGUUCUUUUUACCGGAGGGGAUCGUCUUAGGGGCAAGAGCUUUGAAGAAUACCUAAAAGAGGCACCUGCUGGACUCAGGGAACUUAUUCGCAAGUGUGGGGGCAGGUACCAUGUGUUCAACAAUGAAAACUCCAGUGAUGUUGCCCAGGUUCAUGAACUCAUGUUAAAGGUGGACAGGAUGGUCAUGAGGAGUAGAGCUGGGGUUUAUACUAAUCAAAUGUUUAAAGCGGCCCAGGCAUCUGUGAGGAAAGAACUGCGCCCAAGUAGCAGUAGUGGAGGAUCGGCAUCUCCUGAAAAGCUAUUCCCGAUCGUGAAACGCGUUGUCUAUGCAGGCUUCGUUGGCGCAUGUAUCGGAGGCAUAUACGGCGGUAUGGUGGGCGUCGUUGUGGCUCCCACCGGAAUAUCCAAUAAAGUUAAAGGUUCUGGUGUGGGAUUACUCGUGGGUGGAUUUGUUGGCGGUGUGAUAGGUGUCGUUGCUGGUAUUGAGGCUGGGAGUCUGGAGGAAGCUGUACAGAAUGCUUCUGAUCAAGUUCAUUUGGUCGGAAAACCCAUUUUGAAAACAGCAAUAGUUGCAAAAACGGUGUAUGGCUUCAUGCCUGUAGGUGAACAUACUGAGGAGAAAAUGGAGGCUGUAGUAAUGGCACUCUCAGGAGCUGCAGGAAUGGCAAUCUCAGGAGCUGCAGCAAUCUUAGGUGAUCGUGUGCAAAUGAGUAACCACAAAGGCUCAGGAAAAACUUGAAGGCAUGUGCCUCUUACUGUAGCUAAAAUAUCAAAUUUAUGACACCAAAGAUGCAGGCAGAAAUUCUAUGGAGGCUACACAUUUGAUUACUGUACUCUGUUUCAUGCAGAAGAUAAAUCAAAAUUAAUGUGAGCUGGGCAAGAUUUGUGUAGUUUGUGAGAAGAUAGCAAUCACUUUUGUAAGUCAACCCGCUCUGUCAACUACUCACCAAUAGGCAGUUAGAACAAAGAGUUUAACCCAGGCAGACCCGCAUUUUUUCUGCUGGGCAAAAAAACUACUUAAAUACCAGAACGAAAUGAGACUUUUUGGUCGGGGAUAUUUCUUGCUUUUAUUUCUUAUUUUUAUAGCUAAUGUUACAUUGUUUUUGAUGAGAAAUGAGCACUUACGUUUGCCUUUUUGAAGUUGUAUUUUGCCUCAGCCAUUUUCAAAGAGGCACAAAUAGCACAGAGGGUGUGCUAAACUUCAUUUGAUUUCGAUGGGUAAAGUUUCAUCCAAUGAUCUCCCAGAAGUGGCAAUAGCAACGAAAUUCAGUGUAUUUAUUGAUUUAGAGACACGAACGCGUCAUGUCCUCCAGCAGCAUCCUCAGGUUUGAAGGGGUUAAAUUCAAAUGUUAGUCCGGUCAGCCACAUAUUGUAUCAUUGAGGAUUUGGCUAGCGAAAAAAGAAAGGGAAAAAAAAGAAAAUGGGCAUUAAGGGCAUUUUCAGCCCUAACUGUCAUUUAAAGUUUGAUUUAAAUAAAAAAUAAUGACUGUCACUUUUAGCACAUACACUAAGCUAUAUAUAUAUAUAUGUGUGUAUAUAUAUAUAUAUAUAUAUAUAUUAGGGCUGUCAAACGAUUAAAAUUUUUAAUCGAGUUAAUUACAGCUUAAAAAUUAAUUUAUCGUAAUUAAUCGCAAUUCAAACCAUCUCUAAAAUAUGCCAUAUUUUUCUGUAAAUUAUUGUUGGAAUGGAAAGAUAAAACACGGCGCAUAUAUAUACAUAACACAUACUGUACAUAAGUACUGUAUUUUUGUUUAUUGUAACAAUAAAUCCACAAAUGGCAUUAACAUUCUUUCUGUUAAAGUGAUCCACGGAUAGAAAGACUUGUAGUUCUUAAACGAUAAAUGUUAUAGUUAUAAGUUAUAGUAAUUUUAUAUUAAAACCCCUCUUCAUGUUUUCGUUUUAAUAGAAUUUGUAAAAUUUUCAAUCAAAAGUAGAGUUAAUAUAAUAAAAAUAGAGUGACCAAAGUCUAAGUUUUACGUGUAUUUUGCAUAGCUAUUUUGAUAUGGAAUGCCAGUUCAUUUUGCAUUGUUGUUAAACUAUGUCAGAAUAGGGCCUCAUUACUAUAGACUGAAGUGAUUUUCUUUUUGCGAACAUUAUUUUUUUUGGGGAGAGAUAGCACAACAAAAAUAAUAUUCCUUUCACUAAACAAUACUUACAGUGAGGAGAACAAGUAUUUGAUACACUGCCCCCAUUGGCAGUGUAUCAAAUACUUGUUCUCCCCACUGUAUGUUUGUUGUGAAGGAGUUGCCAAUAAACAGCGCGGUCCAAAGAACGCCUGUGUCCACUCGCCUUUACUGUAUAACAUAUAUCUUUACAUAUCUCACCCAAAAUACAACAAGAGACACAUAAUUGCCACUAAAAGAAAGAAAACUUACCGAAAUAUGUGUGGAGCACAAAUAGCAAUCUGCAUUGCAUUGUGAAUACAGCAUAAACGUCUCACAACUACUAAUUCUCCCACGUUUAGAAGAAAUAACAUGAGUAUGGAACGGCGCUGCCCCCAAGCGGACGGUGGCAUUCUCUUCACUCUUAAUGUCCAUAAACGGCCUCAUUGUAAUCUGUUUGAGGCAAUAUGCGAGAUCGUCAUUCACCCAAGCGCCAGCAGAGGGCGGCAAAACUCCAUAACAACAAGUAAGCGUUUCACUGUACUGUCAUUUAAAUCUGUCUGAGCGGGACAUCUGCGGUAAUUGCGUCAAAUAUUUUAACGUGAUUAAUUUUAAAAAUUAAUUAACGCCCGUUAACGCGAUAAUUUUGACAGCCCUAAUAUAUAUAUAUACAAUAAGCUAUAUAUAUACACACACACAUGCUUGUAUGGCAUUUACUAUUUUCCAUGGUUCUACUUUAGACUUUCUUCACUUAAAUAAAAAGAAUUGUCAUUUAGAUACGACAUUAUGUAAUGUAUUCAUCAAGAUUUUGCAUUCAACAAGUAAGUCGUACAAAUAAGUUUUGGAUUCACUGUGUUGUUUCAGUAAAGACGAUCAAUCAUGAUUAUUUUGUUCAUACCAUCAUGUCAUUUUUGAAAAACUUGUUUUCAAAUGUGGUAUUUGCUAUGCACUGUAUGUUUAUAAUCAAAUGGCCUCAAUUGAAAAAAAAAAUAAAAAUAAAAACAAUGAAUUCUGUA